CCUAGCUUACACAGCUGUCGCAUCAUGCGCUGUGCAGGCGCUGUGCCCCCUGGGCCCUGGGCCUCAUUCAAUGUGAAGCUCGGUGGAGGCCCUGAGGCGUUGUGAUCUUUGUAGCAGACUUGAUUCUUCAAUGUAAUCCUGCAAUACAUGAUCACAUUGCAGAGCGAAGUUGGGUUUGAAGCACGAUGGUCGCCUUUCGGUGGCGGCCGGCCCGUUGGUUGAGUCCCUUGUUAUUGUUGGCCUCGAUAUGCACGACCGGAGCUGCGCAAGACUCCAGUGGGGAUGCGGGGCUCGAGGCGGAGAAGUCUUUCUUCUCUCUGUUCAAUAUGGGGGCAAACGGGAGCUUUUGGGACAGCGACUUGCUUGUCAGAACCCUGGACGAGCUUCAGAGGAAUCGGCAAGGAUUGGGCUGGGGGCCCGCGGAAGCCGAGGCUUACAAGCAAGCAGGUAACCUGGCAAACUACCUGGGGUUCGAGGACGUGGAUAACCUGGCGCUAACCGUCCCGGUUAACUUCAUCUUCGUUGGUUUUUCUGGGGAUGGCAACCUGGGUUUGACGCUGCGGGAGGCGGAGCUUCGGCACUGGUUCCAGCAUAUCAACCUGGUGGUGCAGCACACUCGAGUUCCUCGUAGUGGGCACGGCCCGAAGAACGUCCGGCUCGAGCCGCAACACGAGGGAAAGGAUCUUCCGGUAUUGAGCUACGUACACUACAACUUCUCGGCACACGCCAUCAACCUGAGCCCUCGCGUGUCUGCCCUCUUCGAAAAAGUGCUGUACGCGGCCGCUCGCAAGGAGGAUCCAUCCAGCCAAGAGCCCGGCACCGACGAGUGGUACCAGGUUGACGCCGACUUCGUUGGCAGCUUUAUUGGCUCGUUUCUGGACCACCUGAAGCUGAGCAAAGCGUACAACAUACUGAUUCUCAACCCCAAGAAGGCCGCGCUGCCCGGGCGGUACGGGUAUAGAAUCGGGCUCUCGCCAGCAGACCUACUCGUGCUGCAGCAGAACGAGGAGCGGACCCGGAAGCUGCUGGCCUUUGCCAACAACGAGGCGCCGUCAGAAGUUUUCGGCAAAAUCAAGGGCCUUGACCACCUGCGUCCGGAGCGCCCCGCCGGACAGUUCCUGUGGCCCGCGGUCCGAGCGUCCGACGACGAGGCCUGGGUGAAGGCGUUCGAGGACGCGGUUUUCGCCGAAGAAGAGGACCUGCACACGAGCAACGUGCACGGGCUGAGUGAUGUGGAUGCGCUUUACAGGCGGCUGGAACAUACCCUGCGGAAAGGCUCAUGGGGCGCGGCGCUGUACCUGCGAAAGGCCCUUGAGCGGGGGGGAAAGAAGACACAGGCAGACGCUUUGGUAGACGUUUGGAUCGGGAACGGACGGUUUGCGUGGAUUGACCUUACUGCCGGCCCCUUUUCGUACGGUCCGGUGGUCGGGGGCGAGGGCCUUCGUACGGACGGCAGCGUUCCGGACGUCGAGGAGAUUUUUGGGAACGCCACGGAUGCUGGAUCACAGCCGGACAAGUCCGAUGCGGAAUUGGAGAAGGAACUAGAGAUGAUCGCAUCCCGGCGUUUCGAGGGCCUGGAGGCGCAGGGCGUCCACGAGGCGGAUAUGCUAUUGGCGGAGUUGGACGUAUACGAGAUGUUCGCCAAGGCGUACUGCAGGGGACGGCGGAGAAAGAUCGCGCUUUGCGAUUCUCUGCAGGAGCGUAUGAGCGACAUGCACGCGGAGCUAUGGAAGCACCACCCCAAGAUCGAAGACACCGACAAGCGCCAGGAGAUCGUCCAGGCAGCAGCUCGUAUCCGACAUCGAUCGCCGCUUUUUGAGGGGGAGACAGGACACGAGGAGGCGUAUGUGCCGGGAAGUCCCAGCCCCAACUCCCGCGCCCGGGACAACUUUCUGGCGCGUUUGGGCGCCCUUCUGUCCCGCACUCUCAGGCACGUGGUCGCCCCUUCGACCGCCCAGGGCUUCCACCCGUUCCACGAGAAGGUGGCCGUGCAGCUGUACCUGGUAACUCAGAGCGGAUCCGCCGACGACUUCCCCUUCCUGGCCCUCCGCAACGAACUCCUCGACAUGCGCCUUCCGAACCAGAUCUUCCAGUUCUCCGGAACCACCGUCCAACUGGGCGAUGAUCCCGCACUCGCGAUGGCCUUCUCGGAGGCUAUUCACACCGCGGUGGUACCUACCUUAAAAGCGAACGGUACCAAAGACGCGAGCAAAAGGGUGUACCUGGACUCGGCGCAGUUGCAGGCGCAGCUGCAGCACCAGAUGCACGACGGCAGGGGGGUCCUCCGAGCGAUAGAAGAGAUGUACAAGCUGGAGAACGUGUUCGACACGAGCAACCGGAUCGUGGAGAGCCAUCAUAAAGACAAGCACAGCCGGGCCGUUUUGGAGGUCCCGGUCUUCAUCUUCCAAACAGAGGAGCCCGUGUUUCUCGACCAGCACCACACUGCGCGCGCGUUGCCUGACAUGGUGAUUGCAACGAUGUGCAAAGAGACGGGCUGGGAGAGUCACAUACAGGCCAACGGGCAACCUAUCCUUUGGGACCUAAGCAACCCUCUGAAAUCUCUCGUGGCUGCGAUCGCCCAACACGUGGCAGGCGUGCUGCCCACCCACGUGGGCUACAGUAUUCCGCACGGAGCGGUCGAGAAGGACUGGCUCUGGUCCGUCGGUGCGAAUCCUUUCUCGGCGACCUCCCACGGUUGGACGCUCUCCAAAUUCCACGUGGACACCGCUCACAGGAGCCACGUCAUCGCCGCUUUGGACGCGUCAGCGGAGCACAUCAAUCUGGGGAUCCAUAUCUUGAGCAAGGAGAAGAACCAUGCGGACACUUUUGGCGCGCUGCGAAAGCUGCCCCUCUCGCAGCUCAUGACGACAUACAGCCACGUCAUCACCCUGUGGAUGCAGAUCGUUGUAGCGGUAGAGGAGUUGGAGUUCGGGUCCGCGACCAGUCACAUUGCCCGCCUAGAUCAGCACGCCGAGGCGUUCUACGAGCUCGCUCAGAGUAUACAUAAGCAACUCCAUCCAGUCAGGUGCACGAAGCGCCGCAGAGUGAACCUAGGUAUUGCGCCAAUGGCCGGAGGCGUCGCGUCUUUAAUGCUUCUGUAUGUGCUACUAAGGUGGUCAAAACCGAAGAAGGUGAAGCCAAAGAUCAACUAGGGGUGAAUAUAGUUUCUGAUUGUGACAUCUCAUGCUAUGGACUACUGCAUUCAAUCCAAUAUUCAAAGCGCUUUCACACAAUUCUUCUGCGGAUUGCGAACUCGAUGAAAGGAGC